AUGACUUUGGUGCGAAUACGACUGGGAUUGUUUGAAAGAGACUUGGGCCAUAGGUUUAAUGUUUCUCACAUGUCUGUUUCAAGGAUAACUAACUCAUGGCUGAGAUUUUUGAGGUCAGAGUUCGAGCCGCUUAUACAGAUACCACCUGAUGAUGUUUUGAAAUUUCAUAUGCCGAAAGUCUUCAAAGAAAUCUGUCCUGACACUGUUGUCAUUGUAGAGUGCACUGAGUUCCAGAUGGAAAAGCCAUCGUCACUCGAUGCCCAAUCUGCCUGCUAUUCAUCCUAUAAGAGCACUAACACAAUGAAAGCUUUAUUAGGAAUCACACCAAGUGGAGUUGUCUGUUUUGUUAGUGAACUAUUUCCAGGAAGUACUUCUGAUCUAGAAAUAACAAUGCAAAGUGGCUUUCUUGGCAAACUUAAAAGAGGUGACGAGGUAAUGGCUGAUAAGGGGUUUAAUUGUCAAGAUGAGUUAGCAUCAGUUGGAGUUGUGCUAGUUAAACCUAAUUUUCUAAAAGACAAAAAGCAAUUUUCUACCAAAGAAACAGAACAUAAUAAAACAAUUGCAAGUCUCCGUGUCCACGUGGAAAGGUUAAUGGAACGUAUUAAAAACUGGCAUAUUUUUGAUCGUAAAAUUCCCAUUUCAAUGUCACCUGUUGCCUCUGAUAUAUUAAUUGUGGUGGCUGCUCUAUCAAAUUUUCUUCCUCCCUUAAUAGACUAA